CGAUUCGCCUCAUCUUAAUCUGACGAUGCCUGCCAUUGCGCGGGAAAGAGUGAAAAGUAGAGCAGGAUGUCGACCUUCUCCUUCCCCGAACGGCCGGUGUCGGAGAUCAUCAAUUGGCUCGCGGAAACCGGCAUCGCCUCCCUGAAGCCGGAGGAUCUCGCCAAACCCUCCGCCGACCUCGUCACCGCAAUCUACUCCAACUUCCUUUCAUUCGUUGAUCCCCUCAACGAAGAUUCCAACAGCCAGAUCGCUUUUGACGCUUUGCAGUUUCUGGAGAAUCCCGACCAUCAUGUCGAUGCGAUACGGAUCCAUAAUCUGUACCGUCAAAUCAAGAAGAUGCUCUCUUCUAUCCGAUUCGAAAGCUUUAAUCUCAGAGAUCUUAUCAAGCCCGAACCCAAGCGCACCAUGCAAAUCCUCAGCACUAUUGUCAAUUUCAUAUUAUACAGGGAGGAAAAGCUGCGUAUGCUGCAGCCUAUAGUGGAUCAGUUCCCCGCUUAUGAAGAAAGAAGGGCUGAACUUGAUGCAAAGAUAGACGAACUGAAUCAGUUGAUUUUGGACCAUGAGGUCAGACGUCAGACGGAGGAAUCAGCUGUUCAACAGUUGAAUGCUGAGGUCAAGGAGCUCCGUCAGACAAUUCAAAAUUAUAACAAACAGCAAGUGUCACUGAAGAUAAUGGCAAAAUCAAUAAAAGAGAAAACAGAUGCCAUUAAUGAGAAGAUUUCUAAAGCUGAUUUUGAAUUAGUGAAGAAUGCCCAAGAAAAUUCCAAGCUGUCAUCUAAGCUAGUCCAGUCUCCUGAUAAGCUACGGAGAGCUCUAGAGGAGAAAAAGUCAUAUCUAGCUGAUUUGAAGAACUCUCAAAGAUUAGCAAAUCAAAGUGUUCACGAGAAAACCUUGACUAUGGAGGUGUACUCGAAGGCCUAUGAAAAAUUGGCUAAGCACCUAUCCCGUAUGCAAGCUUUACAAGAACAAGUCAAUUCAACCAAAACUUUGGAGAAGCAAGUUAAGGCAUUGAAAGCUAAACGAAGUGAUGAUGAGGCUUCUAUUAUGGCGCUUGAUGCAAAAAUAGUUGAGAAACAAUGCAAACUCAAGGAAUCUGAGGAGCUGAUCAAGGUUUCAGAAAAAGAAAGGGACGACAGAUGUGCAGAGGAAACUCAGAGGUUGAAUCAAGUGAGGGCAGAGAUAGAAUGGAAGCUGCAGUGUCUGGAGCCCAGAGAAAAAAAAGUGGAAGCUAUGGUUUCAGAGGCUGCUACACUUCGCUCGGAAGCUGAACAAGUUAGACAAACCGGAAAGGCAGAACAACAAGAAAUUUUUUCCAAGUUUGAAGAGAUCAUACAAGAGUUUAAAAACUACUUGAACGUGAUGGACCCGAUGGUAGAAAGGCUCAAGGUCGUAAUGCAGAAGGAAUCUUCAGGGAGUACAAACACUGAAUCCACACAGAAGAAGCCUUCUUGCUAAACCAGCCUGAUUUCGAUAAGCGCUUCUAAUUCCACUGUCAGUCUUUAUACCUUCAGAUGCUGAAGAAACUCUUGUAAUCUACUGCUGACUGUCAUUUUCUCACGGACUGCGUUUAAUUAGGCAUCUAGGACAUCCAACGAGCUUACCGUGUAUAAAACUUGUGAAUCAACUAGAGUCCACCCAUAUGACGCUUGUCUUUUUGACAUCUUUUUGUGUUUUAAUGUUUAGUUUAUUUCCUGAAACUUAAA